AUGAAGCUCUUAUACGUUGUGUUCUUCGUGUGCACCCUUCUCCUCUGCCUUACAUCCGCAGAGGUGCAGGUGGCCACCCAAGAUAACUUUGACAACGUCGUUAGCGGCGAUCUGACGUUGGUCAAGUUUUACGCUCCGUGGUGCGGUCACUGCAAGACACUGGCCCCGGAGUUUGUAAAGGCCGCCGAGAUGCUGACCGGAAUCGCGACGCUGGCGGAGGUCGACUGCACCACGGAGAAGGCCCUCGCUGAGAAGUACGAAGUCAAGGGGUUCCCCACACUGUACGUCUUCCGUAACGGCGUGAAAGUGAAGGCCUACGAUGGUCCCCGCACUGCUGACGGCAUUGCGUCGUACAUGAAGUCGCAUGUUGGUCCCUCGAUGAAGGUAGUCGCAAAGGCUGAGGAGCUCGAGGACCUCAUGAAGGAGAACUUCCCUCUCUGCGUAGUGAAGACAGCGAAUGCCGAUUCAGAGAUGGCGUCGAUGAUGACCAAGCUGGCUGACUCUCUCCGCUCUGAAAUGAACUUUGCGCUCGUGACGGAUACUGCCAUUUCUCCUGCGGAUGCAAUGGAGUCUGUCACGGUGUACCGCAAGGGUAAGGAGCGCGAGGCGUACGAUAGCGCCUCGCCGAUGACGGACGCUUCAAUGAAGAACUUUCUCGCAACUGCGGUGUUGGACUUCUUCGGUGAGCUCGGCCAGAUGAGCUUUCAGAAGUACAUGGAGGCGAACAAGGAGAAGCCGCUUGGUUGGGUGUUUAUCGACAAGAACACGGAUCCGACGCUGAAGAAGUCGCUCGAGGCGGUAGCGGAGAAGUAUCGCUCGCAGGUGCUGAUGACGUACAUUGAUGGCGAUCAGUACCGACCUGUCUCGCGCCAGCUGGGUAUUCCCGAAGGUGCGGAAUUCCCGGCGUUUGUGAUCGACCACGAUCGCCGCCAUCAUGUGAUGCCGGUCGACAUCCCAGUCACAGUCGAGUCAAUCACUGAAUUUAUUGAGAAGUACAUCAAAGGCGAAACGAAACAGACCUUGAUGUCUGACGAGGUCCCCGCCACGGAAACGGUGAACGGCCUCACGACGGUUGUGGGCCAGACAAUCUCCAAGUACACAGACGGCAAGCAGAACGUGAUGCUGCUCUUCUACGCGCCGUGGUGCGGGCACUGUCAGAAGCUGCAUCCCGAUUACGAGAAGAUGGCCGAGAAUCUCCAGUCCGAGAAUGUGAUGAUUGCGAAGAUGGAUGCCACGACGAACGACUUCGACCGCGAGAAGUUUCAGGUGUCCGGCUUCCCAACGAUAUAUUUCAUUCCAGCUGGCAAGCCGCCGAUGAUGUACGAGGGAGGCCGGAGCGCUAAAGAGAUGGAGGAGUUCGUGAGGUCCCACAUGACAACUUCCUCCGGCAGCAGUGACGAGGGCGACUUGUAG